CUUACAGGGAUAAGUGUUUUCUACUUCAUCUUCCUGGUCUUCGUGCUGUUUCAAACUAGGAAAGACUUUCGAAGGAUACUGGAAUGGUUAUAUCCAGAGCUAGAGGGAAUCACAGUGGAGGAAAAGGAAUAUGCUGCCAACUGCUCUGAAAUAGACCUGCCACGAAUCGUGUCCCAUUUGGAUUGUUUUGCUAUGGCUCAUUUCCUAGGCUGGAUAACAAAGGCUAUGCUCAUUCGUCACUACGGAAUUCUCUGGACUAUCAGCAUUAUGUGGGAGAUCACAGAGAUGGCCUUUUGUCACUUACUGCCAAACUUUGCUGAAUGUUGGUGGGAUGCUUGGGUGCUGGAUGUUCUUGUGUGUAACGGUCUUGGCAUCUGGAUUGGAAUGUUCCUGUGUAAGAAACUGGAGAUGAGGAAUUAUCAUUGGGAAAGUAUCAAAGAUAUCCACACCACAACAGGAAAGUUGAGGAGGAUAGUGCUACAGUUUACCCCUGUAAGUUGGGCAGAUGUAAAAUGGCUGGACCCAAUGUCAUCAUAUCGUCGUGUGGCAGAAGUGUGUCUCCUCAUAAUUGUUUGGCAGGGGGAUAAAAAUUCAUGUUGUCGUCCUGAAGAAGCCCAGGAGGGCGAAACCGGUAGACGACAGUAUUACCUUUAUGUAACAGACCGACAGUGUAAACGCCUCGGAACACAGUGCUGGAUGUUUUGUGCCAUCACAUUGACAGAGGCGAUAGUCUGUUUGAAAUUUGGAACAGAUUUAUUCAAGCAAACAGAUAUAUCAUAUGUGAUCUACUGGUUCUUAGUACAGCUGAUAGGUAGUGUGAUCUGUGUUUACCUUUGUGCUGUAUAUGCCAAAAAAUGGCGAUGGACAUCCCUAGAUGAUGGAUUCUUCGUCACAGAUUCGGAGGCCUCACACGAUUCCUCGACACCAAAGAAAUCUCCAAAAAUCAGCAAUGGUAAUGCAGCUAAUGGCUACAACCUAAGGAAGAGACAACAGGCAGCCAAUGGCAAUGUAGGAUAA